AUGCCGCGUGUUCCAGCUCUUUCAGAAGACAUCAGUAAGCUUAAGAAAAAACAGGGCAACUAUCUCACGGCCCCAUUUGACCCUCGCUUUCCAAACACCAACCAGACCCGUAACUGCUACCAGAAUUAUUUGGAUUAUUACCGCUGCGUGAAAACCAUGAAAGCUAAAGGCAAGGACAUCAAGAUGUGUGAAUGGUACCGCAGGGUCUACAAAUCCCUCUGUCCCAUUUCUUGGGUAAAUCGCUGGGAUGAACAGCGCGAACAUGGAAACUUUGCUGGCAAGAUAUGA